AUGUCGGGAGCCAGUAGUGACCAGCUGCACAAAUCAACUUUAACUGUCUAUUCAAACCUGAUGGAGCACUUCAACCCAGGUCUUGAGAAGCUUGUUGCUUUAGGAAACAGCUAUGUCAAAGCUUUCCAAGCCUUAGCUGUUUGCAGUGAAGCCUACUUCAGCGCUGUGGCUAAAAUGGGUGACCAGGCCCUUCACACGCUAUCAUCUCGCUCUCUCGGCGACGUUCUGAUCCAGAUAUCAGAAACACAGAGGAGGCUCACUGCAGAGAUGGAGGGAGUGUUCCGAUGGUUCCAGAUUGAAGUGCUGCAAGCCAUGGACAAGAACGUCAAACUGGAUGAAGAGUACAUUAGUGGUAGUCGCAGAGUUUAUGAGCUGGAGGUGAGGAACCAGGCGGAGGCCUUGGAGAAACAGCUCAGACGAGGAGCCUACAGAGACUCUCUGGAGAACAGUGACUAUAUGCUGUAUCUGAGGCAGAGCCAGCAGGAGAUCCUGAAGGAAGAGGAGAGGAGGUAUCGCUUUCUGGCAGAGAAACACUGUGGUCUCACUCAGUCACUGCUCUUCCUAAUAAAUAAGACGGGCGCUUCUCUCCAGCAAAAGGCAGAUGGAUGGAAGGAGAAAGUAAAUGAGACCAGAGGGUCCAGACCUCGAACUCCCACCCCCUUGGACCAAGAGGCACAGCUGCGAGGUUCAGUGAGCUCCCUGCUGCAGACGGUAGCCAGAGAUGAGGACAUGUCCUGGGCCAGGCGGGAGCAACAGGCGCUGGGCGGAGUGCCCUCUAGAGCGCCAUCUCCCCUCCCCAACCGCUCCCGCUCCAGCUCAGUGGGGGAAUCUCUGGGUCUGGGAGGAGGUAGAAACAUGAGAGCCCUGGUGUCUCACCCUUCCUCAUCCAACCCCAAACUUCUACCUUUCAACAGGGGAGAGAUUGUCACCGUACUGGUGCAGGAGCCGCGUAACGGCUGGCUGUAUGGACGCACUGACAGCAGCCUGCGUCAGGGCUGGUUCCCUGCUGCUUAUGUGGCUUCUAUGGACGAUUUCUCCAACACUUUGACAACAAGUGGUGGUUCUUUAAGAAGCCAUAGUAUGAGCAAUCUGCUGGACCCCACCGACACCUACAAUGACCAGUCGGAGAGCAAGAGCUAUGGAGAUGUCCCACCUCCGGCCACGCCCAACCGUAGAGCCUCUGUAGACGUCCGUUCAGUCUCUCCGCUCCCAGAGAAGAAGACAGAGGCAGGAAUAGAGACAAAGCCCAGUCAAACCAAGAGCUACAAUGAAGUCCCACCUCUACCUCCUCCACCGCCUCCCCUUCCUACGAGUCAGACUCUCAGAAGGGGCUCUGUAGAUUUUCGACCGAUUUCUCCUCUGCCUGACAGGAAGGGCGAGCCCGGUUCUGAUGCACAGACAUUAUCACCCCAUGGGGCACCUGAAAACCCUCUCUUUCCCAGAGGCACAAACCCGUUCGCCACUGUAAAGCUUCGCCCCACGACGACCAAUGACAGAUCUUCUCCUCGGAUCCACUGAUCCAUCAACACUCAUGCAGGCCGGGUUUGUAACCGAGGCUGUCAGAUCAGGUUGU